AUGGCUGAUGUAACAGUGACGACGACGUUGCCGUUUUCAACGGUAGCCGUAACUGACGUUCAGCCGCUGCGCGUGGAGGAGGACGAGAGUCUCACUGAGGUCAUUGUCGACGAUAACAUUGAACCUUAUCACGGUUGGUGCAUAUUAUUAUUAUAGAUUAUAUUAUUUGUUUGAAUACUUUCAGAAAUAGCAGAAUACCCGUUCGCACGUGUUUUACAUUUUUUCGUUCCCAAGAAUUUAGUCAUAAAACAACGGUUAUAAUUUAUAAAUAAGUAAAUUGAUAUCACCUCGGUUUUGCGAUACAAUAAAUACGAGCUAUUAUAAUAUGUAUUAUAUGUAUAGGUACGGACAUAAACAUGGUAUAGGACCUUAAUAUCGUAACAGUAUGUUAUCCUUGCGAUGCGAAUGUUAUUUUUGUUUUUUAAGUUCUAAACGUAAGUACCUAUAUAAUAGGCUAUAUAGCUUACAAUCGAUAUAAAAAUAUUCAUUUCUAUUUCUAUUUUUCCCGGGAAGAAAUUCCCUAAAUAUAGUUUUCAAUACCAGCAAAUCAAAUCAUAUUUUGAAAAUUGCUAAAUUUCAUAAUGGCACAAUAUUGUUAAAUUAUUAAACGGCUUAACCUAACUGCAGGCGUUCUAAAUGGCUUAGUCGCUUAGGUCAUGUAAUUAUAUGGUCUAUAACAUUUUUACCAAACCAAAAGUAUGUAACAAUUUAGCGACUUAAGAUAUUUUAAUUUUCAGUAUAACAUAACAAAUGUUAGAAUAUACAUAUACCUAGACGAUUUAAACCAAAAAAUAUAGGAAUACAAAUUACAUAAAGCACAGCUAUAAAACAAAAAGCCAACAAUUUAAUUAUAUCCGCUUAAGUGCUUACCUGGGACCAAACAUUUAUGUCAGUUAACAAUAAUUUGAGUAUCCAUAUUGAUAUUGAUUUUUGGUAGGUAGGUAUAUUUUAUUAAUCUAAAUUUAAUUUCGUUUUUUAUAACUUAAUUUUUAUUUUUUGCAGCAGUCUUGAAUAUAGUUUAACAUAUAUACAAAUAUCAUAAAAUAUUAUUAUGAAUAUGUAUAAUUAAAAAUGUAUACAUGUCUAUAUAAUAGUUCAUUAUAUUCAACACAAGUUUUAAUAAUGAAAUGGUUCUUAAGUUGGAAUUCCUAAUCAAUUAUGUUUGAAUCAAAAAUAAACAACAUUUUAUGCUUAAUAAAUAAAGUAAUACGAGCCGAAUAUUUCGUAUAUAUUUAUAUAAUAUACAUAAUAAAUAUUAGAGGUAUAUUAUUUUUAUUUUAAGAAAAAAGGACUUAGGUAAGUCGAUUUUUAUAGUUUUCAAUGCAAGCCAAUUGAAUAUUGAAAGUACAUAUUAUAUACUAAUACACCACAAUCUACAUACAUUUAGGCAAUUCAGAUAAUAAAAAAAAAAAUACCAAAAAUUAAGCAUUUUUUCCCUGAGAGUUGAGACCAAAGGUAUAUAAAAUAGGUAUAUUUGACCUACCUAUAAAUUAUUUUAAUAUUUUGUGGUAGUUAAAUGAAUUAUUCAAUUUAGGUACACAAUUAAUUUAUUAAUUAUAAGAAGGUAAAUUAAAAUUAUCAAUGAUAGGCAAUAGCUAUAGAUAUUUGAACACAAUAAGUUAAUUAAUUUUACUGAAUACAAUCGCUAUAGCUGUAACAUUGAGGUGUACAUAACUUGUACUUGUAAUUAAUAAGGUUUGUUUUAAAAACGUGUAAAUCAAAAUCUGUAUGUAAUAUUAAUACGAUUAAGAUAGGUAGGUAAGUCCUUGUUUUAUUGUUAGUAAUUCAUUAUUAUUAAAACAAUAAUUAUUACUAUUUUUAAGGUUAGGUCAAUUAUACAUCGAGUUGUACAUUUUAUUUAUUUUAGUAGGUAACUGGUUCAAUACACGUUUAUGUAAUAUUUUGUUUAUUAUCUAUAUACAUCAAAUUAUAAUACAUUUGUUUUAAUUAGAUAUAAAUAUUCGGCGGAGGAAGAUUGGCAUAUACUAGCAUAAAAUCGUGAAGGAUGGAGGCAAUUAUGUUUGGAUGUGUUGUCUAAAAGGCAGUAAACAAAAAAUAUAAAUAUUCAGUUGCAAUAAUAAUAUGAAUUUUCUACAUUCAUAAUUUUAUUUUAAUUAUAGAUAGUAUACACAUAGUAGAAAAAUUAUGGACAGUCACUGCUCAUUUCCAUUUAGUAAUAAUUGAAUAGGUAUUAAAUUAAAUAAUUCGAAACCCUUUUAUUUAUCGAUUAGAAAUACAUUAUUAGAAAUUAAUUUUAUCUAUACUUCAAACUUAAGUGGCUCCAGGAUUUAAACACUAGUGUAACAUAAUUUAUUAAUUUAAUUUAUUUAUUUAACUCUUCUAGCUGAGAUGAAGGCGAAGGAGAAGACCCUUCGCCUUCAUAUCAAUUAUUUAGGGUAGGCCAAUAAUUUACUUAAUUCGCAUACACAUAUUUAAUAUACAUUUAUAUUAAUAUAUUAUAAUACCUAUAUUAUUUAAAGAUACGGAUAAGACCCGUGCGCAAUUUUCUGCACCACCUUGGCUAUCGACAAACGCCUAUAAAAUAUUAUUACGAGUAUUUGACGCUAUUCGAAAAGUGUUCGAGAUAUUGCACGAGGUGCGUAUUUUUAUAGUGGUGUCCUUAAUCUAAAUCGAUUAAUCUAAUUUUACCUUAAAUCCAUAAUAUUAAACUCUAUAAUAUAAUAUGAUCACCGAAUCCCGAUCCUCGUUCCUUGAAGUUAUUUGCAGCUAUUAGCAGUCUUGGCUCGAAAAGUUCGUGUAUAAAUACCAAGAAAAAACAACAAAGGAAAAAAAAGAUAGAAAAAAAACACUACUAUUGUACCAAUGAAGAAAACUUUAAACUUUUGAAAAAGUUUAUUAAAGAAUGACUAUGAAACAAUUUUAAAAAAAUAAAAAUUUAAAAACGAUAAUGAAUAAAACAAAUUUAAGAAACAUUAUUUACUGUGAUUCGGUUAAAUAUACGCGUAUUUGUACAAUAAACAAAAUGAAUAUUAUUGCCAUUAUUAUUAGUUAGCGCGUAGUUUUAUGAUAUUUAUUAAUAAUAAAUAAUAUUAUUAUUGUUCAAAGAAAUAAAUAGUAUUAAUCAGUAAAUAUAUCUACAACUUUUGUUACUUUGGCUCAUUUUGAUAUUGACAGUGCAACCGAUAAUUGUUUUCAGCGUGUUAAGGUAAAUACCCCAAAUAAUAUUCGUAUUUUACGAUUGAUCGAUUUUCAUAAAAAUCUAAACUUCAAACGUACAUAAAAAUAAAAAGACGAACAUAAUUCGCAUGCAGGUAGAGCCACUGUUGUAGGUGGGAAGUUGGAAGGUAGGGUACAGACGAUAAUUUAAUGUAUAUCUGUAAGCAGCGAUAAACCAUUACUAAUGAAAAAACGAUUUUGACCGGAGUUCAGUUGAAAGUGAUCAACAAUAUAUAUAUGCUAUAUUAUAGUAAAAUAAUUAAAAAGUCUUUAUAUAUUUUCUUUAAUAAUAUUUGUUUAUGUUGUACCUAUUUUCUCGUCAUUUGCUGGGAAAAGUCCUAAGUAAAUCGAAAAAUGACCUUUUUAAAGUACCUCCCAGAGAAAUUUCCUUUUAGAAAAAUUGCUCUCAUUAUAAGCUGGAAAAAUAUUGCUGAAAGAAAACUUGUCCACAGAAAAAAAAUUGUGAUUAGGAAAAACAGAAAUCAAAUUCACUUAAAAUCCUCCAAGAUAAUUGCUGGUUCAUGAUAAAAAUAAAACGCCCUGUAUACCUAAAUGUAAUUAUCAGAUAUAUUAAUGUUUACAUACUUAAAUAUUAAUGUAUUUAUGUUUUUACUGUGCAUUUAAGAAUAGUUUUAGUAAUUAUAUGAUUGAAAUAUGGUAUUUGGUGGUGUGGAGGCGUAGCUCCCACGAAGUCUUGUCCUGUAUAUAAUUUUAGCACCCUCAAAGAUUGACCUCUAGUUGCGUCUAUGUGUAUCACAAGCUUGAUACACCUACAGUAAACUGCUAAUGAACCUAAGACGAUUCUAGAAUUUAGGGAAAAAUUAGAAUUUUAUAGAUUUUUGUUUUUUUUAAAUGGUAUCACUAGACUGAAAAGGGGACUACGCGUUAGUAUUACUUCCUCUCUGGUAAACAUCGUUUAAUGCUGAGCAACACACAUAGGUAUUACCAUUAAUUUUAUAAUAUUAUAUUAUUAGUAGUAUUAUUACUAGUAUUACAUUUUAGCGCAGGUAUGCAGCAGGACAAACCCCUGCCACAGUGACCCUUACAAUAUGACGAACAUCUUAUGGUGUUGACUACAAUGAUUUUCUUUCAAUUAUAUGACCAUGUAAUGUGUAAAAAUAAUUAUUAAUUAACUCAUUCAGUAUGUAAUGUAUUAUUAUAUUGAUAAAACAAUAAUUAUUAUCUACACAUUUCAGCAGUAAGUAGGUACCAUUAUAUCUAGUAUGUAAUGUAUAAAUUAUGAAUUAAAUGUUAUUGUUUUUAUGGUGGUUACUGGAGGUUAUUAAAAAAAUCAUCAUAUUUUAUUAAUUCACCUUGGGAUAAACACCAAACAUAAAAUAUUGUAUUAUGCACUAAACCAACUUUAAAAGCUAUUUAAACUACCCGAAAUAUUAUUUAUAUUUUAGUUGGUAUCAUUUGAAAUGAUAAUUAUUUAUUAAAAUAGAUAAAUUGUAUAGUUAUACUAUAUAAGUAAGUACUGCGUGUAUGCAAUUGUAGGUAUUUAUGUAUAUACUGUUCAAACUUUACCGAAAUUAACAGAUUGCAUAAUAAAUAGAAAUUACACAAUAUAUAGGUACUUAUUUACUCGUAUAUAUGUAAGUAAUUAAAAUAAUUUAUAUUGAAUACAAUAACUCCAUACAUAUAAACGUAUUACCAUUGGAAUCGUAUAUAUUUUUUAAUUAUUACAUGCAUUUAUAGUAACCUAUACGGAUAUACGUUAAUAUUUAUGAGUUAUGAAUAUUAUGAUACAAAUAUUGCAAAUACCUCAUGUAUUAUAUUAGGUACUAGUACCUGUUUAAUUUUGUUUAUUAUUCAAUCUUAUCAACAAAUUUCAUAAUUGAAUUCAAAAUUGAAUUAUGUUGAACCGUUAAGACGAAUGUGCAUUUGUAGUCUCUGUCAAUCUAAUGGACAAAAAUGUAUUUUCGUACUUCCAAUUAAUUUAGGUAAUUAAACUCGGAUGACCUCAAUAAAGGGGCUGUUAUAUUCCAGUUUUGGAAGUUUUAUCUACUUCUCUCUCGUUGGAAAUGUAUUACUCUGAAUUAGAGCUAGGUAGCUAAUAUAAAAUGACAAAAACUCUAAGGAAGGGGAAGAGCUAUCCACUAAUUACCCUCUCCUUCAGAUAAUCGCCACUGCCUCGAUGGUCGUAUAAACUCGCAUUGGUUGCCAAAAUAAAUAUGUUGAAGUUUAACUAAAUGUCUAUUGAAUAGUUUUGUUGAGUAUUUUUUCUUUUUCCAAAUAUAUUUAAUUUACAUUUUAAAAUUUUAGGUUUUUAAUAUUUUAGUAUAAAUAAGUAAUAAAUAAAUGUUAAAAAAAAAAACAAAACGAAAUAUGACCUUUUUCAUUGUGGCGUUAAUUGUAUUCACACUCCUAAAUUUACUCCUAGUACAAAUAAAUUUAUUGUAGUCAGAGCUCCCUCCCCCAAAAAUAAUCUAUACCUAUGUCUCUGCAUUUAUUUAUUUCAUAGGUAUACAACUAAGUACAAGAGCCAUUACAUAAAAAAAUGCAUACAUUAAUUAUCAAUAUAUAGUCUGAAAACAUAUAUUGUUAUUUAGGGUCAUAUAAUUGGUAGUUUCCAACAACUUCACCUUAUUUGCAAAUUUAAUUUAUACUAAUUAUAAAAUAUUAACAGAAUGCUUUAUACGGAACGCUUAGAAGUGUCACUUAAAUCUAAUCCCUAUGAAUUUUGAAGGUAUAUUGAAAAUAAUCAUUUUUCAAAUGAUUUUUCUCAUGAUAAUGUACUAUUUGUCCGGUUUACUAAAAAUUUGAAGAAAAAAUAUUAUUAAAGACAUCAACAUUGAACAGCUAUGGGUACCUACUAGUUUAUAGGUAACCUUCAAGUGAAAAUAAUAAAGUUUUUUCAAUUGAAAUAUAUUUAUUUACUUACUCUUAUGUAUAUUUUUUAUUCUAAUGUAACAUAAAACUUGUUUUAAACGUAAACUAAGUAUAUGGUAUUCAAUACGUGUAAUAAAUUUGCCCUUGAAUUUUAACGAAAUCAGACGUUCGAAUAUGUUUUUGCGCAUGCUCCAAGGCGAACCAUAUUUGUCGAUAGGUAGUUGAGCCGGUUUUUCAUUUCAUUUUACAAUAGGUAUAAUGACGUAGGUAUAUCCUCCAGUUUAUUAUUUGUAAUUUGUAUUAAACUGAUAGGUACUUAUAAAUAGGUAGUUCAAUUCUAUGACGGAUACCCAGGUAAAAUAUAAAACUUUAUAUGAUUAUGUUUCUACAUUCAUUUUUUUUUUUAUAGUUACCAUACCUCAGAAAUUUGACAAAGAAUAUCCUACAACACCAUCACCUAACAAUACACCCGGUAUGUACUUAAAUUUUGUACUUUAUAUAAUAUCUUACAUUCUUAUAUUAUGAUUUUAUUCACCUAAAUACCUAAUUUUAUAUUUUUAAAUAGUUUAUUUAUAUCUUACUUAGGUCGCCAUAUUAGACACCUAGUUAUUCUAAAUUACGAUUGUAACUUUUAAGAUAACAUUAUUAGAAUAGGUUCUCUAUAGUUUUAAAUCUGUAACACGUACAAAAGUACACUUUUUAUAAUUAAAUUAAUAAUUAGUUAUUUAGUAUUUAAAGAUUUUUAAAUCUUGUACGUGUAUUUAUAUUCUAUAGUAAAAUAGUAUUUAUAAGUUACUUACGAAAUUUAAGAUAUAUUAGUUGUUUUACGGAUAAAUAAUAGGUAUUUAUCCAAUAAGACUAAAUCAAUCAAGAUUUGUGCAUAGAGACACGGGUAAAGGAGCAUUGAAAUAGCAUUAUGAAUUUGUGUGUCAGCGAUUUAAUACUGCUUCGUCAACUUUGAAUACUUACUAAAAUUGAAUUUGUAUUUUUAAUUUAUUUAUUAAUGGUUUCCCUUAGUGAGGUUAAAACACAAUAACAAAUUUAAUGGUUGUAAAAUUUAAACUUUAUUUAUUUAUAGAUACAGGCUGUAUAUAGAAAUAUACAGGUUGUCUCACGAAGAUAUACCUUUUGAAUAUCUCCGGAGAUAAUAAAGAUAAUCAAAUUCUGUUUUUUUUUUUUUUGUAUUUUUCUCACAGGGACGAGGACUACAAAUAUUUAUAUUUUUUAAUUUUUUUUACUAAAAUAUAAAUAUUUGUAGUCUUUAUAUAUGUGAAUAAUAUAUAAAAAAAAACAGAAUUUGAUUAUCUUUAUUAUCUCCGGAGAUAUUCAAGGGGUAUAUCUUCGUAGGACAGCCUGUAUAAUGUAUAGUAUAUAUAUAUAUAUUAUACAUAUAUGUAUAUUUAUUCGGUUGUCACGCGUCAACGUAUAUACAAGGUAUACUAUAAGGUAGAUUUUAUUUGUGCCCAUUAAUUUGGUUUUAAUGAACAACGCUGUAACGAUGGUAAUAUAAUAUAAUAUUUUUUAACAAAACCUAAAUUAAUUUAACAUGUAAUCAAAUAAGUGGAGACAUGAUCAAAAAUAGUCAUAUAAGUAAUCAUAUUAGUAAAGUCACAUUAAGUAAUCAAGAGGGUGCCCUCAGAGGGGAAUGGAAGGGUUCAUUUAUUAGGGGCUCUAUUUUUUGCUUAUGUUUGUAUAAGAUAUAUUUUUAUAAAUAGUGGGUUAUCAUUAACUCAAUAAGGAAAUUAAUUACAGUAUAAAAUCUUUUUAUAUAAUUUAAACAUAUUAUAAUAUUUUAUGGUUAUGUAAAUAUAAUAUAAUAUUAUUUAUAUUUAUAAUUAUCCUUCUCCCCCGGUGAAAAUUCAUCUGGAUAACCUUGUAGGUAAUGUGUUUAUUUGUAUACAAAUAAAAACCUAUGCUUCUAAGACAAAAUUACACACAUAAAUCACCAGACCAGUACAAGAACAAUAAAUUAUGAUUUAAUGAAUUUUAUUGUACUAGCCAAUUAAACAAAAAAUAAAUCCAUUAAUUAAUUUUAAAUUUUAAUUUCUGGAACAUAAUUUUUAUGUAGAUUUAUUAACAAAACAUUAGAAAAUUUUCUUUCAGAAAAGGUGCUACACUCUAUACAUCGGAGUAAGAUUUCUUUUCGAAAAUUUAUUUACAGACCAAAAAAAAAAUUAAAAAAUAAAUAUAAUUCAAAAACAAAAAUAUUCCUUGCUUCACGCAAAAUCUAAAAGGUACUACAAUUAUUGUAACAUACAGUUACAUAAUUUAUCCACAGUCCUCGUUUUUUAGGUAAAGAGUAAAUGAAUCACAAUAUUAUUCAUGCAAACAAUGGGACACAAUCGGUUGUUUACGCUAAGUAAUGUGUGUGUUCUUAAGUGGGGUGAGUCUAUUGAUUACUGCAGGCGUAUUAAUACAUCGUAUCGUUUCUAAAAGUUUGAAACCUACAGUAAAAUGAAUAACUCAAAGGACUUGGUUUUAAUAUUCUCUUAUCAUUUUUACUUUUAUUUAUUAUGAAUGAAAAAGAUUUUCUGUAUUUAUAACAAGCUUUGCCGUGGAAUAAAAAAGUUUCUAAAUAAAGUUAAUAGAUAAAUUAAAAUUGUAUGCUAUUACUAUAGAUACUCGCAUAGCAUAAGGAUUGCUCUGUACAAAUUAAUGAUAAUGUUUUUUUUUUUCAUCCGUAUUACCAAGAUAACCCAUAAAUCAACAAAAAUAAUUCGAUUUUUAUAGUAAAAAAGGCUAUGUUAAAUCUUACACGAUUAUAAACAUCAACAUAUUUAGAUACUUCUAUUCGUAUAAUAUUUUACGGUUUUUCAACUAUAGAGUCUACAGAUUUUCUUUUGCAAUAAUUAAUAAUUUUUGUCGUUUUAAAGUGUCAUCACUUGAUUAAAGUGCAUGACUGUGAUCGAAUCAUAAUUUAUCUGUAUUUAUAAUUGAGCAUUUUGACCCACAGUAUAAACUUUUGCACUACACUUAGUUAUAACAUAACCCCAUGUAUUCACUUUUCUUUAGAUGGAAUAUGAUUUUUAAACAAUUUAAAAUCAUUUAAAACUAGCAGUUAUUUCAGAUGUUUACCGUUUUCAUUCAACUUGAAUGACACAUUCUCGCUCAUUGUGACUUUGUGUAUGAUGAGUAUAGACGGAUAUGAUGUACGGGCACACUAUUGUUUCGAACAAUACUAACAAAAUCGUUUAGAGAAAUUAUUAGACGUAAAUUAUCCGUGUAUAGUUAUAAGAUUACCAAACCAAAAUCAAGUUUUCUAUCGUCAUAUACUAUUAAGUAUAGGCACCACGCAUAGUGGUUUUAACAAGAACCCGUAAACAGACAUACGUUCGUUUUUAUAUGCAUAAUAAUAGUAAAAUAAAAGAUAAAGGGGUUCUUUUCUAAAAUGCACUAUUUUAAAAAUGUAAUAGUUCAGGAAACCCAUUUUUUUGUCCUGUAAUACAUAAAAGGUAUAUAAUAAUUGAAUUACAUUGAAUACAUAGAAAAAGUAAAAUUAAACUGAUUGGCAAAAUCGAAAUUAAAGUUUCAUCAAUUUUUUUUGAUAUUUUUUUCCCUUUUUUACUUUGGAAUUUCUUUCAAACGGGAUUAUUUUAGGGAAUAGUACAUUAUGAGAAAAAGCUAUUUAGAAAUAAGAAAUUUUGUAUAAAAUAAUAGACUUUCAUCAAAACAUACCAUUUCUAGAAAUAAACCAUUUUGAAGUAUAAUAUAUUUUGUUAGCAUAAGAAGUAAUAUUCAAAUAUUAAUACUAAAUAUUGUAUUGUUUUGUUAUUAAAAUAAUAUUCAACAAAAAAACAUUUUUAAAACUUUUUAAUAUGAUUUAAAUAAUUUUUCCCAAUUAUCAUGAAAGCCGAAAAAAUUACCAAUUAAAAUACUACCCAGAUAAAAUUUCCUUUCAAAAAAGGUGUUACACUGGAAAAUCGGAGCAAGAUUUCUGGUACAAAAGUUGUUACACAGAUAAAAAAUAAUUAUCAUUAUAAAACCAAUACAUUCAUCACUUCACUCAGAAUCUAAAAAUUACUCCGUAUAGUAUAUACUACCUAUUUCUCCUACUCCUAGACUACCAAUCUUAUAGUAUCUAACCACCUGUAGGCCUUCUACUGCUUACAGGUCAUACAGCACAUCCAACUUAAUAUUGUUAUUUCCGAUAUUUAAAUUUUAAAUUCUGAGUGAAGUGAGGAAUGUAUUGGGUUUACAAUGGUUAAUGAUGUUUUUUUUUCCGUGAACAACUUUUUUACCAGAAAUUCUGGAAAUCUGAUUAAGACGGUAUUUUAGGGAAGUCUUUUUUUGAUUUUCCCAGAAGUUUUCCAAUAAGUUGGAGAAACGGGGAAAAAAACAGGAAAAUAAACAAAAUUUAUUAUUUCCAAAUCGUAAAUGUUAUGGCUUUUUAAAACAUGUAUAAUCGAACUCUUCUCAGUUUUUCGUUAGCAAAGAUAAAUCGUUGCAUACAAAUACACAUUAAAUUCCCCUUUAAAUCUUACCUUUUUAACUACUCACUCACAACAGUUGCCAACCCAUCGUAGUAGCGAAGUAUAUUCGUCUUUUUUUUAUUUAAUGUUAUUAUGCUUUAUUCAAUGUUAAACGGUACCUGCAGUCGAAAUUCAUCAAUGUUAUCGAAUUCUGACCUCUUAUGAUAAAUUAUACACAAUUCAUAAGCGUAACAAUAAAUUGUAUGCAUAAGGCAUAACUACAGACAGUGUACAUAAUAAUACGACGUACCUAAAUAGAAAUUAUCGUUCGAACAGGCGCCAUCGUUUUAACAACUGAACCUUUUUAGAAUAGGUACUCGCAAUUUUAUGAGCGGAUAAUAAUGUGUGUCGUAAAUAUUAUAAUUGUUAUAAACUUCAAACUAUACCUAUUAUAAUAAAUUAUGAAAGUAUAAUAACUUUGUUAGUUAGGUAGUGUAGUAUAGGUAGUGUAGGAGAUUACAUUAUAUUUCAAAAAAUAGAGUGCAAAAUGAUGUAGGUAGUUUAAAAAAAAAACAAAUUGUUUUCAUUAAAAAAAUAAUAACAAUUUAAAACUUAUUUAAUUAAUAGGUACAUAUUUUUAUCAUAGAAAAUAUUCAAAAUGUGGUCGUUUAAUUAUUUUUUGUUUCUUCAAAAUUAUGUUGGAAUUAUAAUUAUAUAAUUUGCACAUUCUUCAAAUUUUUCAAUAUUUGUUCAAAAUAUCGACGUUCAAAGAUUUCAAACUCAACCUUUUUUAAUUAAAACAACGAUAAGAAAUAUACAAGUUGAUAACCAGUAGAGUUUUGGGCAUUUUGGUUGAAUACGUUCGAUUGUUUUAUUAUUUCCACCCGAAAUACUGUUGGCGGAAAUAUUUUUCUUGACAUAAAUAGCUCCCCCCCGGGUCGUUGUAGGUAGAAUGUUAUAAACAUAGUCGAAUUUAGAAACGGUUUUUACCAACCUAUUAAUCUAUAAUAGAAAAUAACAAGGUUAUCUAUUCUAAUAAUAUUUUUAAAUAAUUGAAAAAAAAAAAACGAUAUUAUUUAUAAACAUAACGUACAUAGGAGCCAAGAGCAGUUCUCUUAAAAAUGAUAAGAAAAAAUAAAAAUAAAUACCUCAUACCAACCACAAUCACGUAAACGCUUCUACAGUGCUCUAUUAUUAAAAUUUGGAACUAAAUUUGUAUACACAUAUAGUAUAAAGAAUUUCUGUGAAAAUGCCUUUCUUGCACCCAGCCCCUUAAUUGUAAAGUAGGUAUAAUAAAACCAUAAACAUAUUAACUAAAUAUGUCUAUGAAUAAAACAAAUCUAAAUUGAAUAAUUAUUGCCAAAAUAAUAAUUAUCAAACAAAUGAUAAAUAUUAUUAUUGUAGUUUUUUAUUUUUUUUGUUUUUAGAUAAAUCUAAUAACACUGUUGAACUUCUACGUUUAAUCAUAGCCGCAACUAAGGAGUGGUAGGGGUUUUUUAACACCUUCAAAAAAACCCAAUCAGCUUUUUCAUAGUAACAACUAAAUAUUUUAUCGACGUAUUGUAUUUCAUAGUUCAUAAUUAAUGAGCAGAACAAACUAAAGAUUUCCUACAGACACUGAAUAUGUGUAUAAAAAAUAAUAAUAUUAAAAUAGUUAUGAUAAAAUUAUAUAUACAAAAUUAUAAUUGAAAGGUAUAGUUCACUAUUGUAUUUAGUAAGAGUCGAGUAAAGGGGCUUUUGCAAGAAGUGGCGCAACUAGACUCUAGGGGCCCCGAUGAUAAGGUAAGUCUGGGGCCUAUUCGUGGGAAUAUUUUUUUUAAUACUGACUAGGUACUUAUCAUUAAAUGCGCUACUGAAUUUGUAUUUAUUAUUAGCGGAAUAAUAAUAAAUAAAUGUUACACGGUUAAGUUAUAAUAAUAAACAAUACAAAAAUUACACAAUUGUAAAUUAUAAAGAAACAAUUUAUGAUAAAUGAUCGCAGAAUUUUAUUUGAAUCUAUUUCAUUAAAAAUACCUCCCCAGUUUACAACUAUGAUAGGGACCCCUUUGAGCCUUGGGGCCCGGAUGUUAGGCAUCGCCAUCCACCUCGGUUAUUGCGUCACUGUGCGUGAGCAGUCCUCAUGGGUCUUUGAUGUGUCCAUAAUUUCAGCAACCCCAGAGUUGGUGGUCUGAUUGCGUAUGUACGUUUUGAAAUUCAAAAUGAAAGUAAUGAAAGUGUAUGAAAUCGCAGUCCAAUAUUGUUAGUUGUAUUCGAUGAGAAAUUUGAAAUCAUAUUUAUUAUAAAGGUACUGAUUUAUUAUAGCCCCGCCAUCCAUACAACAAUGAAUAUUAAAUAAUUCAACGGAAAACACGUACCAUUACUAUUAGGCGCCUACCAUAGGUGUUUAUCAAAAAUAAUCAAUAAUAUAAUAAACCGAUAUGGAAAAUAACGAGUUUAUUUAUCGAUAUUUAAUAAUCUAAUAAUUCGACGAUACAUUGAUGUAUCACGGGAAUCACCGAAAGCAUAAACAUUUUUAUACAUUUUUAACGUUACAUCAUUAUUUUAUAUUUAUUAUUAUUCCAUUUUUUAAUUUCAUUUUUUUUUUUUAAUAUUACAUCAAUUUAUCGUUGAAUUAUUAGAUUAAUAAAUAUAAAUGGAUAAACUCAUCAUUUUCUGCAUCGGUUUAUUAUAUUAUUAUAUUAUUGAUUAUUUGUGAUAAACACCUAUAGGUGGUGAGCACCUAAGCCCGGUCCCAUCACGACUCGUGUACUUGGCGAGCAUCGUAAUCGCGUACGUUCGCGGAGUAUUUUGAUUUGACGAUUAUUGUCGCUCCUCUACACGACUCGUGCAUCGGGCGAUCUUCGUGACUUUGUGCACUCGCCGAUCAUUAUCCGAUCAUCGUGUAUACUAUAUUUGUACUGUAUUUUCGCUAAUGCUCUAAACAUGUUAAAACAGUGGUGAGCGAGGACGGGUCAUGUGGGAAACUCCACUAUUACGAUAGUAAAAUUCACAAAUAGAUACACACAACGACUAUCAGCGCAUAUUCAAAUAGUUUGUAACUAGUUUAUAUUAUAAACUAUUCAACUAAACUACAAUAAACUAGAUUAAAUAUAUUGACAAGUGCGCGGUCGCCAAGUGUACGGUUCGCGUGGGAAUGAUGUGCGACUACUACGACUAUGACUGCCAAAAUAACGAUAUUAACAAAAAAUAAUUGUCUUUUUUGGGGAAAAAACAUCAUGGUUGACGAUUAUUCGCCGAGUACACAAGUCGUAUGGGACCGACUUCAUAGUAAUGGUACGUAUUUUCCGUCGAAUUAUUUCAUAUUUAUACAAUGUGUUUAUUGUUAUAUGGAUGGCGGGGCGAUAACAAACCUGAGUGGCGGAGCUAUAACAAACCAGUACCAUAAAUAUAUUAUAAAUUAUAAUUUAUAGUACCUAUAGCCUAAAGUGUAGCCUAGUGUUGUUACUCAUGGACCUUAGUGUGUGGAAUAUUUAAAAAAAAAAAACGUAUUUUAUAAUAAUCAUAGAAAACAGAACUUCUUAAGAGGACGCCACACCGACAUCUACUGUCCCCGUCUUACAAACGCGAGAUAUUGAAAAUUUGCGUUCAGUAGAACAUAUUUUUGCCUUUAAAUGUUAAUAUCAAAGCAAAUUGACCUAUUACCAAAAUUAAAAGUAAGAUAAUAAUAUGUGCUCUAGCGUUGAUGAUUUUUCGAUAUUUUUAUUUUUAAGAUAUUACGAGUAGGUAUAUUUAAAUAUCAUAAUUUAAAAUGAUUAUCUAUUGUUUUAAAAUUAAAAUAUCGAAAAAACAUCAACGCCAGGGUAUGUAUAGUCUUACCUUUAAGUUUGGCAAUAAGUUAAUUUUCUUUAAUAUUAACUAAUUGAACGAAAAAUUGCUGUAACCCCGGUCUAGGCGUCUCGCGUUUGGAAGACGGAGACAGUAACUAUUAUAGAAGACGGUGUAACGUCCUUAACUGUGAUAAAACUGAUAAUGUUUUGAAUGUAAGAUAACAACUUGGUGCCAUAAUCUACUGUAUUUAUAACAACCAGUUUAUUUUACUAUCUGUUUUUCGUCAUGGUUCCUAUUAGAGGUCCUCUCUCGUAUAAAGUUUAUUGAUAAUACAAUAUUAUUAUUAUUAUCUAACAUGUAAACCUUGCCUUGCAUAUUUCCCCUAUCAAAAUGUAAAUUUUUGCUAAUAAACAUUAUACAUUACUUGUAAUCAUGUACCUAUGAUAUUAUGAUGAUAAUAUUACUAUUGUCUGCGUUUUCGUUAUACAUUUCACCUGAGAAAUAUUUGUUUUAUAAAUUAUUAUAAUGCAAAUGUUGUGUAUAUAGGAAAUGGAAAAAUAAAAAUUAUGAAAUGAUAAUAACAUUCACAAGGUAUAAUAGUAUUACUGUAUUAUUAGUCACUAGCCAGUAAUCAUUACUGUCACUUGUCAGUUGUCAGUAAUCAGUACGCGGUUGUGAGCAAAGCUAACUAUAUCGUUCAAAAUAAAUUUACAAUAAUCUAAUAAAUAAUAUUUCACGUUUCAUUGCUACACGUCCGUUCGCACGUUAUGUACCACACCUUAUUUUUCAGAAAAUUAAUAUAAUAUUACCUACAUCAAUUUUUUUUAAGCUCAUCUGUAUAUAGGUAGAUGCCUAUUCUUCGUUUUUAUUUGUUCAACAAUAUUAAACAUUAACCUGUGAGUAUAUAGAGGUAGGUUGAUAUACCCAUAAUGCAGUGUAUUAUAGAUUAUCUAUAUAGUAUUAUACUCAUACCCAUAAUAUAUUAUUUUGUACGUAAAUGCAUGUUUAAAAAAAAAAAACUUUCUAUUUCGCUCUAUUACACAACAACGUGUUUAUAAUUAUUUUAGACGUAUUUGUAGAAAUGUUGAACAAUUCCUUGAGGAAACAGGAUUAAUUUUUUUUUUUUUUCAUAUAUCUGAAUAUCUAGCUCUGUAUCUAUCUAAAAUAUAUUGUAGAUAUGUAUACUUAGGGUUUGUGUACCUACUCAUUAUAAAUGCAAAUUAAUAUUGUUAAAAAAAAAUGUUAUGUUCUCGAUUUGAAAUGCUAAUUAUAUUGUAAUUUUAUGGAUUCUUACAGUUACAACAGCAACUAACGAAAUAAUGGCCAACUAUUCAGAUGUAUGUAUCCUAUAUGUUUUACUUAAUUUAUAUCAUAUCGAUCAAAUUCAAAUUCAUAAAUAAAUAAAUACCUGUUUUUCUUUUAUCUAGAUCAUAGAAAAAUCUAGAACUGCAUUCAACAGUAACCAAACAAAAUCUUUACAUAUUAGAAAACAUCAUCUUAGACAACUCCUCAAACUCUUAAAUGAAAAUGCUACAGACUUGCAACUAGCCUUAGCUUCCGAUUUAAGAAAGGUUAUUUUGAUUUCUGUUUAAUUAUUUUCUAAAUAUUUAAAAUACUAAACAUUGUUUUAUAUCAUUUGAGCAGAGCAAACAAGAAGCUGUAUUGUUUGAAAUUGAAUAUUUAAAAAAUGAUAUUAUUAAUGCUUUAGAUUCAUUAGAGUGUUGGAUGAAAACUGAAAAGGUGUGUAAAUUGUGUACUUACAGUAUCUACAUAUGUAUAUUUUUUGAAUUGAAAAAUUAAUUUUUUUUUUUAGCCCGAUAAACCAUUAAUUAAUAUAUUGGAUGGUGUAUUAAUCCAUAAAGAUCCCUAUGGAGUUGUGUUAGUAAUAGGUGCAUGGAAUUAUCCAUUACAAUUAACACUAUUACCGGUAAUUGGUGCAAUAGCCGCUGGAAAUAGUGUUGUAAUAAAACCUUCAGAAAUGGCUCCAGCAACCGCAAAAAUUAUUGCUGAACUAAUCCCAAAAUAUCUUAAUCGAGUAAGAAUAAUACUUUCAGAGUUUACGUAUUAUAUAGCUGUAAAUAUAUUGUUUAAUUUGUUUCAAUAUUUUACAGGACGCUUUUCCAGUUAUCUUAGGAGGAGUAGAAGAAACAACUGAAUUGCUGAAACAAAGAUUUGAUUAUAUUUUCUAUACAGGAUCAACAACCGUAGGAAAGAUUGUUAGAGCUGCUGCAAAUGAAUAUUUAACACCUGUCACGUUGGAAUUGGGUGGUAAAAGGUACAUUUUAUAAUGCAAUGUUAUUAUUUAUGUUAAAUGACAAAUAUAAUUGUAUAUUGUAGCCCCUUGUAUAUUGAUGGCUCUGUCAAUAUGGAUAUUUCUAUUAAGCGUAUAAUAUGGGGAAAAUGUAUUAAUGCUGGACAAACAUGCAUUGCACCAGAUUAUAUUUUAUGUACUCGACAAAUUCAAAAUAUAAUUGUAGAGAAAGCCAGAGAACUUUUGAAAGCAUGGUAUACAGAUGAUCCAAAAAAUUCUCCAGAUUUGUGCAGAAUUGUUUCUGAAAAACAUUUUAUGUAUGUAUUUUGAAAUUAUGUUUAUGAAAAUAUUGAAUCUGCAUAUUAUUUUUAGGAGAUUAUUAGAGUUGAUGAAUAACAGUGGAUCAAUUGCUGUUGGAGGCAGACAUGAUCAAAAAGAUCUUUACAUUGAACCAACAAUAUUAAUAGAUGUUAAAUCUACAGACCCUAUCAUGAAAGAAGAAAUUUUUGGUCCAAUUUUACCAAUAGUAAUUGUGGAUAAUGCUUAUGAUGCCAUCAAUUUUAUUAAUAGCAGGUAAACUGUAAUUCAGUAUCCUUAAUAUAUGUAUUAUAUUAGUUAGGUUGCUAGGUUGUAUUUUGUUGGUUUUUAUAUUUAUUUUAAUAAAUACGAACAUAUAUAUUUUUUUACAGUUAAUAAUUUAAUGGACUUAAAGUUUACUCAGAUUUCAUCAAAAAAAUUAAUAGUAUCUAUACCUAAUGAAAUACUGACCUAAGUUAAACAAUAUCAUGUUCUGUCUCUGUUCUUUUAAUGGGCAAUAUAAUGAAAACUAAUUUCUGGAGUUCCAAAUGGUACUCUGGUUCUACCAGAAUAAAAACAAAAAGUUCACUAUAAUUUUUCACAGAGAUUUUUCAAUAUCUCCUUCUCAGACCAUCUAUUGAUACUUAUAAUUUGAAAAAAUCCAACUGAGAAUAUAGUAAAUGUCUUUGUCUUUAAUUUUGUGAAAACACUUGUUCUAUGUCUAUUAGUACUAUUUACCUACUUAUAGAACACAUUUUUGCUUUAUUUGUUGGAAAGAUUGAGAAGCCAAAUGUUACUGUGACUUCUACUUAUGUUAAAUUUUUACAUUAGUCACAUGUUUCUAUCUCAGUUUAGUUACAUGCAAACAUAUACCUAAUACUUAUUAUCUAUGAAUAAAUUAAUUUUUUUAAUUUUUAAAAAUGUAUUUCAGGAUUUGUUUUAGUUAAAAUUAUUUAAGAUCAAUUGAAUUAAUAUUAAAAUCAGAUAGAUGUUUCACUUAAAUCUUGAAGUAUUGUAAAUUAGGACAGAAUUAUUUUUAUAUUGUGUUUUAAUUUUUAUUGAAGUAUGAAUUAAUGAUAAAUAAGAAUAUAAUAUUUUAACAAGUAUUUAUGUUUUAUCCUUCAGGAGUAAACCAUUAACAUUAUAUGUAUUCUCUUCCGACCAAGAAAUGCAAAAUUUAUUUAUGAGACAAACUUCUAGUGGAUCAUUUUGUGUAAAUGACACUGUUAGUCAUUAUGCCGGUAAUAAUAAUAGACAUUUCAGAAAUUCUUUUAUUUCUUCCUAUUAACAAUUACUUACAGACUUUAAAAAAUAAUUAUUUUAUUUUAUAUAAUAUUGUUUGUAUGGAUGGAUUAUUGGUUAUUAUAAAUAUGAUGGACCAUGAAUUUUAUUUAGUUCGUAACGAGCGCUGUUUGUAGUUCUUGCGUGGGUAGUUACUUGAGUAUUACAGUAACAUUACAUUGUCCUUCCUAAAUAUAGUGUAGAUGGCUUUCAUAAUUUUUGGGUCAUAGUUAAUAAAAUAAUAUUGUUUGCUAAAUUUUCUAUUUAACUUUGAUGGUGUAUGUUUAUUCUGUAAUUGAAAAUUAAAAACAUCUUUAAAAAAAAAAAAUGGUCUGAUUUAUUAAGUUUCCAUUAUAGUAUAACUAAAUUAUUUGUAUGGUGGUAGUAAUUGCUCAAUUUGUACAGAAAUCAUAGUCCAUUGGUUUUAUAUGUAUUUACCAACAAAAAAGCAAUCAUUGAAAAUAUGUUGGAAAAUGUGAGAGCUGGUGGGAUGUGUGUCAAUGAUACUAUUAUGCAUGUAACUGGUGAGUAAUGGAGUCAAGUGUAUUUUUAUUUAAAAAUAUAUAUAUAUAUAUAUAUAAAGAAGUUAUGUUAGUAAAUUCAUUUCAAAUAAAAUUAAUUCAAAUAAUUGUAUUUUAAAAGAACCUCACAUAAUAACUUAAUCAAUAAUCAAUGUUUAUGUAUUUCAAUAAAGUAAUACAUUUCAUUUUAAUUAAUAAAUAAUUUAUUUAUAUUAUCAAUAGAGUAUCAGUAGAUUUUCAUUUUAUUUUUUUUUUUGUGGUAUAACUUACAUGCAAUGCUAUUUUCACUAUUUGUGGCAUAAUUUUUUAACAACAAUAUUUUUGAUUUAAUACAAAAUAUGUAUUUAUAUAUUCUACCAAGUUAUUAAUUUUAAAAUUAUUUCUAUUGAAAAAUAUAUUGUUAUAAAUGAAUAAAUACACAAAUUAAAUAUAUUAUAAAUUCUCCAAGUCUAACUAAAGGGACCAUCAUUAUGAAAGUAAAAUCUUGAUUCAAUUAUGUUUCUGAUGUUACUAUGAAAUAAACAGGGAAAAAAAAUCCUAUAUAUUUUGUAGUGAACAAUAUUCAUAUUAAAUAGUUAUUUAUGUAUACAUUACUAGAUAUCAAUUUAAGUCAUACACAAUAAUAAUGGCAUAUUUUCUUUGAGUAUUUUUAGAAUGAUGAAUUUAUUACAUUAUUUGUAUUCAGAUUUUGUGUUGUAGCUUUUCUACCACCGUAAAUAAUUUAGUUAUAGUCAAUAUUUUUAAAUGCUAUAAGGUGGUUUGGAUUAUUUUUUCACAUUAGGUUUAAUGUUCAUGUUCACAUAAAUUGAUAUGCACUUAGCCAACAGCUUAUUCAAAUUAGAAAUACAUUUUAAAUAUUUUCUAUGUAAACUAAUUGCAUUAUUUAAAAAUAAAAAUAAAUAUUUAUUAAAUUGGUUGUGGAACUUGUGUUCUGUAAUUAUUUAUGCUUUUUUAACAUUAAUUUAUUGAACAUUUUAAUAUUAACAUUUUUUAUGCAUUUGAGUAUAAUAUAAUUUAAUUAAAUCUGUGGUAUAUAUUUUAAAAUAAUAAAAGUAUGAUAUUUUAUUUAGUUGAAAAUCUACCAUUCGGUGGAGUUGGACAUAGUGGAAUGGGAGCUUACCAUGGAAAAAAUUCAUUUGACACUUUCACUCACCGAAAAAGUUGUUUAGUCAAAGAUUUCAAUAUAAUUGGAGAAUCUUUUUCUUCGUUAGUAAUACAAUAGUUUUAUUUUGACAAUAAAUCUUAGUAACUCUUGAUAAUUUAUUACUCACAUUUCAGAGCAAAAUAUCCACCAUAUUCUGAUAAAAAAUUAAGUAUGGUGUCGUUUUUAAUGAAGAAGAAACCCAAGGUGAACUUCAAAUUUUUGCCAUAUUUAGUUGUUUUUGGUCUUGGAGUAUGUUCAACAUUUGCGUUCAAAUAUUUGAAUAAGGUACAUUUGAGGUAAAAUUAUCGAUAUUAAAUGGAUCGUGUUUCAUUUUUCAUAUAAUCAUAAUAAAACAUUUAAUUAACCAACUUCAAUUGUAACAAAAUACUAUAUACAUAUUUGCAAUUUAAAAAGCUUAUAUUUGCCCAUACAUUUAUAAUAAUUUUAUUUACUUUUAUCUAAUAAUAUUUUUUUAAUUCUAUACUUUAUUUCCUUAAGUUAUGUGUUACAUAGUGUUAUUAUUAAUUAUCAUCAUUUUUUGUUUAUAUAUAUUAAAUUAAUUAUUUAUUUUCAGGAAAGAUAUAAUAUAUUUUAAAGUCACAAAUUUCUGCAAAAACGUUAUUUUAUUUAAAUACAUUUUUAAUGAAUGAUAAUAAAAAUAACUUUUUUUAUUAUAAAAAUGAUAUUUUACAAUUUCAGUUUUAUAAUUUUUAUAUAAAAUAUGUAUACAUAUAUAUACAUCCAUUUUCUAGAUCAUCACUAGAAUUGGAUGGAAUAUGAUCUUAAUAAAAUGCUAUAGAAAAAGUAAUAAAAAUCUACUUAAUCAAUAUUAUAUUACAGUUAAUAUAUGUAUUAUUGAAAAAAAAUACAAAAUAGAAAUAAUAAGUAAUUAGAUUGUCUAGGUUAAGAUUUACUAUCAUGUUUCAUAUUAUUAUAAGUAUUGUAUUUAAAUUUUAAAUAAAUAUUAUAAACUAUUUUGUAUUUUUCAGAAUUUGUAAAUAUUUGCUUUAGAUGAUUAAUAUUUCUGUUAAAUUUAUAAUUACUUUAAUUUGUAUUCCUUGUUUAUAAUAUAUUGCAGACAAUUAUAGCAUUUUCUUUUUGCGAUAAAACUGUCUAUUCUUUAGUGAUUAUAUUAUAUUUUUUGAUGACUUGAAUUUGUUCAUAAAAUCUCUUUAAAAUAGUAGAAUAUUUGAAUGAAUAAUAUUAAUUUAUUAUCCCGUUAAAUACAACAAAAUAUUGGUUGUAUAUUUUCUAAAUAUAAAGAAUUAAACUGGUUAAAUUAUAGUUUAUGCUUUAUAUUAUUAAACACAUACAAUUUGUAAUGGAAAACCUUUCUUAUUCAAAUAGUCCCUUAGAGUUUUCAUUUUUUAAAUUCAGUAUUUAAUAAUCAAAAUAUAAUAUUAGGUAUAUUAAUUUUUUUUUACUUGUACAUAAUCAGAGCAUAGAUAUUUUUUAAAUUAACUCAUCUUGUGCAAUUGCAGAUUUACUCUUAUUGAUUAUACUCAUAUAUAUUUCCAAGUUAGUAAGAGGAAAAUAAUUUUGUGGAGAAUGGUAAACCAAUUUUUUUAUAUCGACUGAAAUAAUUAUUUUUUCCCCAACAUAAUAUAACACAAAACAUUUUGGGAACCUUGAGGCCUUCAUUUCACUAACAUUAAUUUAUAGUUUUCUUUGUUUGAUUAACAAUUCAUUAAUUGGUUGAUUUCAAUUUAUACUAUAACAACUCAUUUUAAAAAUAAUGUGAAUGCCAUUCUAUUUAAAUAACUAUGUGAAAUAAUGAAAAAAUUAACUCAUCACACAUAUUUAAAAAUUAUUGUAUUGAGUAUUAGAUUUAAAUUAUUAGUUUCAUUUCAUCUGUGUUAACAAAAUAUUUGACAAUCAGAAAUUUGAUUUAAAACAAUUUUUUAUAUUAGUCUUAGUUAUGAGUUUAUGGCUUAAGUCAGUGGCGACGUGAUAUUAUUAUUUCAAUGACGCAGUCAAAUUUUUCAAUACCCACCCACCUUUUUAUACAAACACAAAAUAAAAAAAAAAAAUGCUUACCAAGUUGAGGAUUGGCAUCUAAACUUUCUUGAUUUUUAAAUUUUAAUCUAAAGAACAAAGCAUCUUCCAUCAUAUACUACACAUUAUACCUCAAGUAUCUUGUAUUUACUCAACUAUAAACAUCAAUAUUCAACACCCACUUACCCUUCUCUUUGUGACUCUGCUGUAUCAAUUUAACUUUGUUUACACAGCCACAGAUUUAAGUAGUUUCACAUUUUACCAUAAUAAUAAUUAUUGUUUAUAAAUAUUCCUCAUUAACACAUAACCUAUUUAAUUUAAAUAUUAUUUAUUAUGAUAAUAAUAAUGAGAUAACAUAAUAUUUAUUUUUAGUAUAUUAAUAUCAAAAACAAUAAAUAUAUUUUCUAUUAUAAUUACUACAUUAUUUAGUUACUUGCAAAGGUAAAUGAACAAUGUAUUUUUGAAUAAUAUACUAAUUAUGUUCAUCUUUAAUUUAAAUUUAAUUAAAUACAAUUUCAAAUUUGACUUAUUGUAACUAAAAUAUUUAAUUACAUUUUUCCAGAUUGCUGAUGGAGAAACUGAAUAA